UAUUAUUUGUAUUGCAAUAUUCCCUCAUUUUGAAUUUGAUGUUUGCUACACGUUCCAACAAAUGUUGUUGAAGCUUCGUAGCUGGAAUGUUCCCAUUCUUCCUUAAAGAGCAACUUUAGUUCCCAUAUCUCUGCGCUGACGUCCUCCCGACGAACAAAACCAGUGAAACGUCAGUGUGACGUCAUGACAGCGCUCCUCCGAACAGAGGUGGCGCUGCGCGCUGACAGCCUGCAGGAAGUUCAGCGCAGAGGCGGAAGACGCGCUCCGUGGUGUGGCAGUGCGCAUCAAACGGAUCGAACCUGCCGCAGAACCCAUAGAACCUACGGAACCAGUCUGGAUAAGAGCGCGUUAGGGCGAAAGAGGAAAGUGCGCGCGCAGCUGCAGGCGCGGGACUCGGCAGCAACCAUGGUGGGUGAGCGCCGCAAUGGGAACCUGCUGGUCCAGCUCGGGCCAAGGCUGCAGGCGUACCCGGAGGAGCUGAUCCGCCAGCGGCGUACCCACGACGGUCAGACGGAGUAUCUGAUUCGCUGGUGCCUUGUUACCAUUGACGACAGGUCCAGCUCUGGGGGCGGAGCCAGCGAGACAAGCGGCGCAAGCGACGGAGGGUCCGGCGUGGGUGGGUCUGGUGGAUCCACAUCUGGAGAAACCAAACCGGAGAACAUCCUGAUGUGGAUGACGAUGGAGGAUGUUUAUGCCAACUGCCCCACGCUUCUGGGCAAGAGGAAGGCGGACACACAGCGCCCCCUGCAGCCACAGGAGAAGCAGCUGGGUGGUGCAUCGGUGGGCACAGCGCCACAGAGCAGCAGUGAGUUCCCACCAGACGUGACCUUUGAUGAAGUGGAGCUGUCCGACAUGAAGCAGGACGUGAAGAACCUUGUGUGUCGGGCCCGGAAGCAGAUGGCCAAGAAGAGCGACUUCUCCAUCAACAUCAUGCACACCAUCCACGUGCUGAGCGCCUACGCCAGUAUCGGGUCACUCGUUGGUGUCUUCAAGGAGACGGGCGCCCUCAACCUGCUGAUGGAGCUGCUGUGCAACAAGGAGACCCAGACGAGACGCAGCGCUGGGAAGAUGCUGCGGGCGCUCGCCUCACAUGAUGCAGGCAGCCGGGCUUACGUCCUGCUGUCCCUCAGUCAGCAGGACGGCAUCGAGCAACACAUGGACUUUGACAACCGCUUCACUCUGCUAGAGCUGUUUGCUGAGACCACAUCCUCUGAGGAGCACGGCAUCUCCUUUGAGGGCAUCCACCUGCCUCAGAUUCCAGGGAAGCUGCUCUUCUCUCUGGUGAAACGCUACCUGUGCGUCACGUCCCUGAUGGACAAACUGAACACAGCGGGGGCGGAGUCAUGUUCAGACAGACAGGAUGGAAGCCCCGCCCCUGCAUCAUCCUCUGGCUCCACCCAUCAGACAGAGCUCCUGCGCAUCCAAAAAGAGUUUGACUUCACCAUGGCCAUGGCCAACCUGAUCUCGGAACUGGUCCGAGUGAUGGGCUGGGACCGGAACCGGAAGAUGCCCGAGGGCUCGACCCAGCACCUGGGAGGAGGAGGGGCCUGCGGGGAGGAGCAGGGUGAGGAGGCGCCUCGUCUGAUCCUCAGGUCGAUCUUCCAGCCCCGGUUCUGCACCUCAUCUGUCCCCCUAUCCAGCAGCUCCCCAGUCGCUGCGCCGGCAGCCACACCAACAAAGAAGAAAACAGGAAACGGCUUCAGGGCGCCCUUCGACUUCACCAGUCGCUCCGCCUAUGUGGAGUACGUCCAGGACACCCUGAAGAGUGGCAUGAUGGUCCGCAUGCUGGAGGACUACGAGGAGGUGAGCGCCGGAGACGAAGGAGAGUUCCGCUACAGCAACGACGGAUCGCCGCCUGUUCAGGUGUACUGGAAUUCUCUGUCCAGAACAUACUGGGUCCACUGGCACAUGGUGGAGAUCCUGGGGAGCGGUAGCAGCAGUCAAUCUGAAAAGGAGACGCAGGAGAAGGCCUCGACUCUGGCGGAAACCCUAAAAUUCACUGCAGUCAGUCAGACGUUCUUCUCCAAGCCUCCUGGUGGCCUCUACUCGCUACCAUACCUGACAGACGGGCUGCAGGCGGAGCCGGCGGUGCUGAGCAGAGCUGAGUGGUGGGAGAUCCUGUUCUUCAUCAAAAAGCUGGAGCUACAACAGCAGCAGGAGGUGAACAGCAUCUUGCACCAGAGCCUAGACGACCAGGAGGUGGAGCCGGACGACUCAUCCCUCAUCAACCUGUCCGUCUCAGGAGACGUGGCCAAGAAGCUGCUGCACUACCUAAAGCAGAAGCUGCCUUCGUCGUGUCUCAGCGACCUGCUGUGCUCCCACGCCUUCUCUAAACACUACCUGAAGAGAGGAGGAGGAAGUCUGGAGGAUGAGGAGCUACUGGCCGAAAGCUCUCUGGGGCCCCCUGGUCUGGGAGGAGGUGGAGGAACGCAGACCUUCACAUCCUCCUCAUCAGCCUCCUCCUCCUCUUCCUCAGCAAAGGGCUCCAUCUCCAAGAAGGCCAAGAAGGAACUUCCUCUGGACUCUGGCUUCUCAGAGACGGAGACCGAGCUGCCCACUGAGGAUGACAGCAAAUAUCCUGACGACCUGGAGGACAAGAUGAAAGUGUUCAACAACCCAAAGGUACAGGGGAAAAAGACCUUGUUGGAGAAGCUGGGGGAGGUAGUGGACAUCCUGAAGAAGGGAGGCUCGGCCUCAGACCCUGCCCAGCAGCUGGCAGCCGUCCUUUUCAUCGUCCGGUUGCUGGAAGAGAAGAGCGUGCAGGAUAAGAACUCCAUGAGGAGUGACUCGGCCCAGACUGUACGGGACAAAGUGCUGAAGCUGCUGGUGGAGCUGCUGGGCUACUCCUCCAAAGACGUGGUGGUGAGCACGCUCAGACUUACACACCUCCUCAUGCUGAAGUAUGAGUGGAGGGUUUGCUUUGCCACUGAGGGCGGGGUCAAAGCUGUGCUGUCCUGCAUGCAGGAGUUCUCAGCGGUGGUACAUGUGGUCCAGCUGGCUCUGGCGACUCUGAAGGUUAUCACCGGCGCCAGUAAACAUGAUCUGCGGAGCGUCGGCAGCAGCCUCCCGCUCUCAGAGUCCGGCACCCAGAUGAUGUUGGAGAUCUUCGCCAGCAUAGGCUCGGCCACACCCGAAGGCUCCAGAGGCCUGCUGAGUGCUAUCCCUGUUGCCAUCGACCUCAUGCUGAAGACCCAAGGCUGCAUGCUGUCGGUGCGUAAUGGGCUGCUUGUCGUCAUCAUGCUCAUUGCCAACCACAAGAGCCUGGCAGAGCAGCUGGUGGCCUGUGGCAUCACUGCUGUCCUCAAGAAGUGUCUCACGCUGUCCAGAGCAGAGACCAUGCUUGCCAUCAUUGCCCUCAACCACAUCUCCAUGGUGCACAAGCUGGAAAGCAAAGACUGUCAGGAACAGCUGGACCUCAAGGACACUGAGCUGCAGAUGUUAGUGGUGAGUCUAAAGGAGCUGACAGUGACCAAAGAAGUGAUCCAGACUCUGGAACAGCUGCUGUGUGACGACGCAUCUCAGCUGGAGGAGGAGCGCAGACAGGUGACUCACAGCCGGGACACCUACCAGGACCUGGUGCGCCUGAUGGAGCAGCACAGAGCUGACCGGGCGGUUCAGCUCUCCAUUCUCAGGAUUCUCAACAAGUUCCUGGACAACUACCAGGAGGACAUGCUGCCAUGGCACGAGAGCAUCGAGCCGUGUCUUUCUACCAUGACUGCAUUGAUCAAUGACAGAGAGGUAGUGCAGCUGUUCAUCCGCUUCUUGUACCGUCUGGCGUCUCUUAACAAGGACUACGCCGUGGUCAUGUGCCGCCUGGGGACCAAGGAGGCCCUGGUGAAGGCUCUAGACAAACACAGCACCAACCUGCUGCUGGUUACUGAGCUCAGAGACCUCAUCAGCGACUGUGAGAAGUACGCCAGCCUCUACAAGAAGAUGACCACCAGCGUGCUGGCAGGAUGCAUCCAGAUGGUGCUGGGUCAGAUCGAGGAGCAUCGCCGCAGCCACCAGCCGAUCAACAUCCCCUUCUUUGACGUGUUCCUGAGGAACCUGUGCCAAGGCUCCAGUGUGGAGCUCAAGGAGGAUAAAUGCUGGGAGAAGGUGGAGGUCUCAUCCAAUCACCAUCGAGCUAGCAAGCUGACUGACAAGAACCCCAAAACAUACUGGGAGUCAAAUGGCUGCACCGGAUCACACUUCAUCAAUAUCUACAUGCACAAAGGCGUGGUCAUCAGACAACUCGCCAUCCUGGUGGCCAGUGAGGACUCGAGCUACAUGCCGGCCCGGAUCCUGGUUCUGGGGGGAGAUGACCCAGCUAACAUCAACACAGAACUUAACACGGUGAAUGUUGCUGCCUCAGCCACCCGUGUGGUUCUACUGGAGAACAUGACCCGGUUCUGGUCAAUCAUCCAGAUCAGGAUCAAGAGAUGUCAGCAGGGUGGGAUUGACACUCGGGUCCAUGGUUUUGAGGUUUUGGGUCCAAAGCCUACAUUCUGGCCCGUGUUUAAGGAGCAGCUGUGUCGCCGUACACACCUUUUCUACAGCACCAAGGCCCACACCUGGUGUCAGGAGGUGGCGGAGGACAAGGCUCAGCUGUUGCAGCUCUUCAACAAGCUGAACAGCGCGCUGAGACAUGAGCAGAUGUUUGCAGAUCGGUUCCUGCCGGAUGCUGAAGCAGCUGAAGCUCUGGGUCGAACCUGCUGGGAGGCUUUGAUCAGCCCCAUUGUCCACAGCAUCACAUUGUCAGAAUCCUCAGCGUGCAGCCCGCUGUCCUGGCUGCUCAGCGAGUACUUGGAUAACGCAGAGUCGGCCCGCCGCUGUAAGAGCCGAGCGGCCAUCUUUAACUCCAGAGUGAGGCGUCUUACCCACCUGCUUGUCCAUGUGGACACGAGUGCUGCUGAUGGCGAGGAGCUCAAACCACCGGUGAAGUCCAAAGGUCUGAACAGGAGCAAAGAGCUGAAGAAUGGCAAAGAGGGUAAAAACAAAGAGACCCCUGCAGCAUCCUCUUCCUCUUCAUCUUCUUCACCCGAGCCUAAAGUGAAAGGCAGCAGCAGCAUUGCAGGCAUUGCCCUCUGUUGGCAGGGAGUGGUGCAGUGGCAGGUGAAGAAGUUUCUGGAGUCCAGCUGCAGUCUGCCAGACUUCGUGGAGCGUUAUCGAACUCUGUACCAGCGGCUGAAGAACGCCAUGGAGGAACUGUUUGGACAGCAGACUGCCUUCGUCCUCGCUCAGCGACACGGAUUCUCUGCUGCGCUGCUGCAGCUCUCCAUCCUUAGAGCCAUGCAUGUCAGUGAGCGAUUUGCUCAGUACAUUGAUCAGAUGAUCCAGGCCAGUGGGACGCCCUCUGGCAGAGUAGAGACUCUGGAGCGGCUGCAGCAGUUUCUUGAGCCGAUGCUCUUCCUGUCGGGCCUGGAGCUCGCCAACACCUUCGAGCACUUCUACAGGUACUACCUCGGGGACAGACUGCUCGCUCAAGGCAACGUUUGGUUGGAGAGCGCUGUGAUCGAUCAGAUCGGCAGCUGCUUCCCGAGCCGCUUUCCUCAGCAGAUGAUCAAGAACCUGACCGAGUUGGCAGAUCUACAGCAGGAGUUCCACCUUUAUCGACUGCAGCAGCUGGACCAGCAGCUGCAAGAACAGGACCAGAUGAUGGAAGACUGGGGGGAGUCAGAGGAGGAAGCUGAGGUCCAGGUUCUUGUCCUGUCUCCACGAUGCUGGGCUGUGUCUUCGGUCUGCUUCCUGGAUGAACCAGUCAAUCAUUUUCCAGCUGAACUCUGCUCCUACCUAAACCAUUUCACCCAAUUCUACACCCAUAGUCAGUCCAUGUACAGCCUGAGUCACUCGAAGCCUCGGCGGCUCCAGUGGACGUGGCUCGGUCAUGCAGAGCUGCAGUUUGGCAACUGGACGUUGCACGUCUCCACGCUGCAGAUGUUCAUCUUGCUGCAGUUCAACAGUGAGGAGGAGGUCAGAGUUGAAGCUCUGCUGCAGGAGAGCGGUCUGUCUGCUGCCGUUCUGCUGCACGCCCUGCAGCCGCUCAUCAGUGAGCGAGGACCGCUGACCUGCAACCCUGUGGAUGAGCCUGGCAGAGGUGUGCUGCAGUUGAAACAGCAGGUGGCAUCUCGCAGUCUGCAGGGCAUCCCGGCGUCGCUGCAUCUACUGCCUAUGCAAACAUACCUGAAUGUGGACGAAGACGCCACGGGGACACUGGAGAGGAAGAGGAACUUUAUCUACUGCUUGAUCGUAAACAUCAUGAAGCAGGAGAAGGAGAUGCACAUUGAUAACCUGGUCUUUAAGGUGAUGGACUCAUGUCAGAAGCAGGAAGCAUCCCGGUCUCCAUGUGCCGGCCGUUUUGGCUGCAGCACCGGUGACGUGCUCUCCUGCAUCAUGCAUGUUAUCAACAAAGGCUGCGUCCGCCGCAACGAUGACAAUCCGCACAUUGUGGAGUUCGUCCCCGAGGACCCGUCCACGCCACAGAAAGGCCACGCUCAGUUCUCCUUCAGCCGUUCAGACUCCAGGAAGGAUGCCGCAGCCACAGACAGCAUGGCUGACAUCAGUUUGGUACCAGCGCCACGUCGCUUUGAGGACGGGGUUCUGGAUUCGGGACUGUUCUCGAUGGGCCGUACAAUGACGCAGGAGGAGGUUCGUCAGCUGAUGCAGCGGACGGUGCAACAGGUUUCAGCGACUCUUAGUCUGGAUUUGGACCGGGCCGAACACCUUCUAAUCCACUGUAAGUGGAAUGUGGACCUGCUGGUUCAGCGCUACACCGACGACCCUGACGCUCUCAUCAUGGCCGCCGGACUCAGGUGCAGAAACCCACAGCCGCCACCAAGCCCUGCCUCCACCUGCCCCGUCUGUCUGGGCCCCAGGACCGGCAGCAUGGAGCCCAUUCCGACUUUGAGCUGCAUGCACUACUGCUGCCGGUCGUGCUGGCAGGAGUACCUGACUGCCCGGAUCGAACAGAACCUGGUCAUGAACUGCAACUGUCCAAUCACAGACUGCCAGGCUCAGCCCACCUCCCAGUUCUUCCUCGGCAUCCUCACCGACAAGGACACCGUCGCCAAGUAUGAGAACGCCUUGCUCAGAGGCUACGUGGAGUGCUGCUCCAACCUGACAUGGUGCACCAACCCACAGGGCUGUGACCAGAUCCUCUGCAAGGAGAACAUAGGCAGCAUGGGGACCUGCUCCAAAUGUUGCUGGUCAUCCUGCUUCAGCUGCAACUUCCCUGAGGCUCAUUACCCGGCAAGCUGCAGCCACAUGUCUCAGUGGAUGGAUGAUGGAGGCUUCUAUGAAGGGAUGAGCAUGGAAGCGCAGAGCAAACAUCUGGCCAAGCUGAUCUCCAAGCGCUGCCCGAGCUGCCAGGCUCAGAUAGAGAAGAACGAGGGCUGCCUACAUAUGACCUGUGCCAAAUGCAACCACGGUUUCUGCUGGCGCUGCCUGAAACCAUGGAAACCAACACAUAAAGAUUACUACAACUGCUCCGCCAUGGUGAGUAAAGCUGCUCGACAGGAGAAGAAGUUCCAGGAUUACAACGAGAGGUGCACCUUCCAUCAUCAGGCCAAGGACUUCGCCGUCAACCUCGAGAACAAGGUGUCAUCCAUCAACGAAGCUCUGCAGAUGAAGUCACUCACCUUCGUCAUUGACGCCUGUAAAAUCCUGGCUCAGGCUAGAAAGGUGCUGGCCUACUCCUGUGUCUACAGUUACUAUAACCAGGAAACCGAGAAGAUGGACGUGAUGGAGCAGCAGACAGAGGCUCUGGACCUCCACACGAACGCCCUGCAGAUCCUGCUGGAGGAGACUCUGCUACAGUGCACUGACCUGGCCUCCUGCGUCAGGCUGCUAAAACCAGAACAUUUGAACACGGGACUGGAACUGAUCCGCCGCAUCCAGGACCGCCUGCUGGCCAUCCUUCAACACUCCACCCAGGACUUCAGGGUCGGGUAUCAGUCCAAAAGCAGCCAGGAACCAGAGUCCACCCAGGCAUCCAGCCUGUCCAACCACACAGACACCAACAAUGUGUCCAAGACCAACCGAGGGUCGGACUCUGGAGAUUCAGACAACAACACCUUCAAUGGGGAGGAAGGGGGCGAGGAGGCGGAGGAUGACGAGUACGAUGAAGAGUAUGUCCCUGAGUGGCACGAAGACUAUGAUGAAGAUGACAUCGAUGAGGACGACUUCUUUUCUGAUGACGACGAGUCUGAGAACCUGGAGAGGGACUUCAUUGCCUUUGACUGAGCCGGGUCAGAACUCAGCAUCCCAGAAAUGGAGGACAGCGAGGCUGAAGCCCCGCCCCCCUUUAUAGCCAUGUGACGUCAUUUGAGGACGUUGGGCACGAUGGGAGACGAUCCAGUCGUCCUCCAUCACCUGAAGUCCACCACCGCCCUGCGCUGCACUUGCUUUCACUUUCUGCCUCUGUUCUCUUUAGGCCGAAGUACGAGAUCGGAAGACGGACCAAACCGGUUCGAGUUUAAGAGAGAAUUCUUGAAAGUUUAAAAUGUCUGCGUCCAUUUCUGUCCCACUGAAACCAGUUUUCACCAGACUGAAAAUUAUACGAAUUAACCGAAAACCAACCACAAAUCUAAUGCUGAUUGAAACUGGUUUGAAACCAUAUUAAACAGUGCACUUCAGGCAGUGGGAACCAGUCUGAAAAUGUUAUAAUCUCAAACCAAUUUCGGCAUGUAUAAAACCAGUUUAAACUGAUCUAUAGGCAUUUGGAGACACAGAAAGCCAGUCUUGAACAAAAAUUGAAACCAGUUUACACACAUCUGAAACCCCUUUUAACCAGUCUGAAACUGGUUUACAAUUGUAUUUCAGACAGAUUGGUGCAGUCUGAAACCCAUUGUACUCUGGUUUUAAAUGGUCUAAAACCAGUUUAAAGCAGUCUGGACCCGGUUUAUAGCCAUCUGCAACUUGUUUGUACCGGUCUGAAAAUGGUUUGAUAAGAUUUUAACAAUUUAAACUAUUUUGAUACUGGUAUAAAGUGAUCUGAAACCAGUGAGUUGCAUUGAACCCAGUGUGAACCACUGGAACCAAGUCCUUUGUUGUGCUUCUGAAGCUCAGACCCAGUAUGUGUUUUGGGCCUCUUCUGUUCUGGGCUCCAGAGGACUUUUGUGUCUGCUGCUGCUUCUUUCCUCGGUCGAGGUGACGUCAGGGUUCGGACCGAGCGACCUCGUCUCGUCUCACUUUCUGCCUUGGUUUGGUUCUGCCUUCAUCUGAGAGCAACACGCCACCUUCUCAAACUUCUCACAUUUAGAUUUCUCACUAAGAGUUUUUUACAGACCUGGAUGUUUCUAUGCACACGAGCGGUAUCACUGCAAUAACUCGCCUGCUCGGUUCUGUCAGAUGGGUUCUUGGGUUGUAGUUCAGGAGUCAGGGAUAUCUGAUGUUCCAGCUCCUUAUUUUGCUGUAAUUUUGAGAGAUCAUAUAUUCAUAUUGUUGAGGUUCUAUAAAGUUCUGUUUUCUUCUGCCAGCAAACUAAAUAAACGCUUUUUCUGCAACGCUGCAGCCUGAAAA